AGAAUUUUAGGACAAUGCCACGGUGUUUUCUGAACUCAGUGAGACCAUUGAGGGACAGUUUCACGGACGAAUGCACUGAAUUAUCGAACGAACAAUCAACACCAAGAACUGUACCGAAAAAUCUAAAACAGAAAACCAUAUUAAAACCUAGCGAAACGGUGUGCCACGAUAAAGUACCGAUACCGACCCGUUUCCACCUGCAACUCCUCAAGAAGAGCCAGUUCGUCGAUAGCUUCAUCGCGAACGAGAGCUAUGAAUACGCUCCUGACGUCGAGAAGGUGAAAUCUCCGAAGAGAGGUCCAGUUAAAAAGAGAUACAACUUGAGGUCUUCGGAGUCGACCAGGAAAAACUACGAUAUACGUGGAAAACGGAGAAAGAGAGGGAAGAAAACGCAGCCGGAACAAAUUAAGCCGGAUUUGGAGCGACAACCAGAUGUCCUCACCACCGAAGUCCUUUUGCCUGACCCCUCAAGAAAAACCAGCGGGUACCAGUCAAAGCCAAGACCUGGUGCGGAGAUAGACAAGAUAGCUGAAAAGCUGAAGAGCCUCCUCAAGAAAUCUGUCGAAGAAAGGCUCGAUCGAGAGCUCUUGACUUGUACCGAAUCAUUCGAUGUCAUUGACAUCAGCGACGACGCCAAGGAGAAUGAUCCAGUACAUCCGGAGGGGCGCCGUCAACGCGUCAUGCACAAAUGCAAGUACUGCGGGAAAGGCUUCGACAGACCCUGGGUGCUGAAGGGUCACCUGCGUCUCCACACCGGGGAGAGACCCUUCCCGUGCCCCCAUCCGCUCUGCGGCCGGAGUUUUGCUGAUCGUUCGAACCUCCGCGCCCACCAGCGCACCCGCGGUCACCACUCGUGGCAGUGGCGCUGUUCGGAGUGUGGGAAAGCUUUCAGCCAGAGCCGCUACCUCGAGCGCCACCGAGAGGACGCUUGCCAAAAAUAUAAGCAACACUCAAGAAAUACAGUAAAAGACAGCAUCGAUCAAAACUCAUUCCAGAUUCCUGUGCCUCUGUUUGGAAUUAUUCGUCCCAGUAUAUCGAAUGUAUUGCUUUCGACCAAAGUCGAUUUGGCGGACGACGAACCGAUUGAUCUGUCUUGCAAGAGAAACGAAACAAUCUGGGACUAA